CUCAACGCACUUAAUACCUUUCCUAUUGAUUCCAGGUUUCCUUCAACCUCUCCAGUUAAAUCUCUACCAGCUUCAUGUCGCCAAAAUGAAAACUUAGGAACCUUCUCUAGAGAUAGACUUCGUAAGCUGCCACAUUUAUCAAGGAGAACUCCAGAAAAACACAAAUUGCUGAGACCUCUGGAAAACGUGGAGAAAACAAAGCUGGAUAAAACAGCAGAAAAUGAAGAGGAUGCACUGUGCAGGAAGGAAGUAAGCCAGGAAUACGUGCAAGAAACUUGGAGAAAUAUCAUUCUAAUACAUUUGCAAACCAUCUUAGGCCUCCCAUCCUUGGAAGAAGUUUUGCAGCCAACACAGAUAAUUCCUGAGUAUGUCAUAUACAACAUGACACACACAAGCAAACAUGGUGUUGUGAUUUUGCAGAACAAAUCAGAAGACCUCCCUCACUGGGUGUUGUCAGCAAUGAAGUGCCUCGCCUACUGGCCUAGAAAUAAUGAUAUGAGCCAGCCAACUUACAGUGGGUUUGAACGGGAUGUCUUCAGAACAGUUGCUGAUUAUUUUGUCAAUCUUCCUGAACCAUUGCUUACUUUUGAAUACUAUGAACUUUUUGUUAACAUUUUGGGUCUCCUUCAGCCUCACUUAGAAAGGAUUGCUGUUGAAGCACUACAGAUCUGCUGCUUGCUGCUUCCACCACCAAACCGCAGGAAGAUGCAGCUCCUGAUGAGAAUGAUCUCUCGGAUCAGUGAGAACGUCGACAUGCCACGACUGCACGAUGCCAUGGGCACACGUUCUUUGGUAAGAGAACUGUGACUGCUGUGUGUCUGUGUUCUAAAAACACUGCUGAAGGAAUGCUGAGGAUACCAGCAGUAAUCAGAACUUAAGCGUCACUGGCUUGUUGUAAUUUGUUGUAAAUAGUGAUUAAUGGACAGAUCUUUGAUCUCUAAAGCAUUUACAAAAAUCUAACCUGAGGCAAGCGUUUCCUUGUCCCAUACUAACAUGUUGCAAAUACUGAUGUUGUUUUUGCUUGUUUUGGGAGAAGGGAAGUAAC